AAACAAAUGCGGACAUUUUGGACAACCCGUUUUUGGUAUCAAAUGAUAAUGAUGAAAGAGCGGGUGAUGAAAUCGUCGAAAGUGAAGUUGAGAAAGAGAAUUCUACACGGACUCGAGUGAAACAUAAAGAAAAUACUAAAGUGUGGGAUAAUGACGAUUUCGUUGCCAAUGCAAGCAAAACGGAAUCAGAAGAAGCGGAUAUACCGGACAAUCCUGUCAAUGACUUCGAAAAUGAUGAUGUUGUUGAUGAUGAACUCACCAAUGAGGAGUCUAAUGGACGUUCGGAAUUUACAGCAUUGGAUCGCGCCCGAUUUUCGAAACAGUAUGAUAUCCAUCCUACUAAUUAUGUCUUCCUGAAAUCAAGACGGGUAAUUACUACAUUCCGCUUGAGACCUUUAACAUCCAACUAUUUAUAUGUACAGAUACAAAUCGAUGAUCACAGAGAAAAAGUGGAGGCUAAGGAAGAUCACAUUAACAUUGAUUUAUCAGCCUGGUGCAUUCUAUCAUUUUUUGACAUUGAGGAUAAAUUUACGCGAUCGGCUUUUACACAAGAAAAGCUAGAAGAAAUUUGUACAACGAAUUUGAGUGACUUGCCAGAUUUGGAACCGGAACUGAUAAGCUUUAUUAGCACAUUCGCAAAAACAUCAACACACGAAAUUCGUGAAGAACUUAACCGUCCACACGUUGAUCUUGGAAAGAAGUACGAUCCAAGCAUUCGGAUUAUGUUAAGGCUACUGUGGGCGAUUGGGUCAGGCUCAUUGAAAAGACCCCCAAUCCAUUGGCCAGAAGGUUGGUACCGUUUCAAUGUUUGGCGAGCAGUAGACAAUGUUUUCGGCGAUAUUCCACACGUUUUUGUAGUUGGGCUCAGCAAUGAGACUCGAAUGAAGCGGAAAAUAAUUGGCAAAAAGGGAGAUGUGUUUGUUAGAUCUGUAGGUCCACAGGUGAUGGACUGGGCGGUAUCAGAGUCUGGGUAUCGCUGGGAAGGGGCGAGUGGAGUGGCACGAAAUUUAUCAGAAUCAGGAUUUAGUCUUCCGCGACAAUUAAAAGACAUAUUUGAUCGCUGGCAAGAAGAAUAA